AUGGCACCCGAUCAAUACACCGCAGAUGAUGGACCACAAAAUGUGUUGGAAGCAUUUCAAGAGAACGACAAACUACGAGUAUUUAAAUUGAUUGAUGAACUGCAAGACGAAUCCGUCACGGAGGGCGACUACGAACAUGCCUACGAAGAGUAUUCGGAAAUAUUCUCCAAAUAUCAGGAGCAACCACACUUGUUGGAUCGAAGCCUCGAAGAAAUAGUCAACAAAAUCAUUCCAUAUCUGCAAGAUGCUGAUGUAGGAAUCGUCAUAAAACAUCGUGCAUCGAAGUAUUUGUAUCAGAUUUCCAAGGUGCGAACGUAUAAAGCAUUUGUAAAGAACUUACCGCACGAGGUGCGCCAUUUACCGUUCGUAUUGAACCUCGUAGAGCAACAAAAUUUGGACGAUUGGAAAAAUUGGGAAACCCGUUACAUUGGCCUGCUAUGGUUAUCUCUGCUGGUAUUGAAUCCGUUCGAUUUAAGCCGGUUAGACACGUCUAAUCCAGACUGUCCGUCGACAAUGAACCGUAUCAACGAGGUUUGCAAAGUAAAUUGCCUAAAAAAUGACAGCUGUACUCCGGUAGCGGCCUUUUUGGUGGCACGAUUUGUCAUACGAAACGAUGUGAAAACGGUGUACCUAGAACAGUUUUUCGAAUGGGCAAUGACCGCUAACGACCAAUAUGUAGUGGAUACAAAAAUCGGUCCACUUACUGCGAUUGCUUGCAUUCUCAAACACGGCAAGCGAGAAGAUCUACAGCCGCUCGUGAGCCAGCUCGCCGAUUGGGUGUUGCAUUUGGAUUACGAUACAAUAUCCAAAGAUUUCACAAUCUACAAGGGAUGCAUUAAAAUUUGCCAACGCAUCGGGCUAGUGAUGUUACCUCCCAAAAUUGCAAAGUGGCGAUAUCAGCGAGGAGCGCGCUCGUUACUAGCCAACGUUCAAAAGACAGUUACUCUUAGCUCGUUGAAGGAAGCGCAACAAUCUGAGUCCCUCUCGGAAUGCACCGAGGAAGAAGACGAUGUUGAAGACGAGGAAGUGCCAGCAGAUAUUGAGGAAAUCAUCGAACGACUUUUACUGGGGUUGAAAGGAAACUCAACCAUUGUCCGUUGGUCGUCAGCGAAGGGUAUCGGAAGAAUAACGAACCGUUUACCGAAACUGUUGGGCGAUGAAGUGGUAUCAUCGGUUAUUGAGCUUCUCAACCCCCUAGAGCCGGAUGAUGCUUGGCAUGGUGCAUGUUUAGCAUUGGCCGAGCUAGCCAAACGUGGAUUAUUGCUACCGUCGCGCUUGUCUGAAAUUAUUCCCUUGCUAUUGCAAGCUUUGGUGUACGAUGAAAUACAAGGAUAUCGCAACGUGGGGCAAAAUAUUCGCGAUGCUGCAUGCUACAUGUGUUGGGCAUUUGCCCGAGCCUACCAUCCAACAGUACUGCAACCGUUUAUUGAACACAUCGCUUCGGCUCUUCUUGUGACAGCCGUAUUUGAUCGAGAAAUUAAUUGUAGACGAGCCGCCUCAGCUGCAUUCCAGGAGGCGGUUGGACGGCUAGGAAAUUUUCCACAUGGAAUAGAUAUUCUUACAACGGCCGAUUUUUUCUCUGUUGCUGUGCGAAGUAAUGCUUUUCUGCACAUAAGCGAAAGCAUAGCUAAGUUUGACGAAUAUAAGUGUACUUUAAUAGACCAUCUAGUUUCCCGCAAAAUCAAUCACUGGGACACGAAUAUAAGGGAGCUAUCUGCUCAGGCGCUGAGCAAUCUUACCAAACAUGCCCCCUGUUAUAUGCGUGACUCGAUCGUUCCGCAAUUGUUUCAGUUGGCAGAAUCAACGGAACUCAACACACGCCAUGGUGCCGUGCUAGCUUUGGGAGAAAUAAUUAAUGCCUUAAAAAAGCUUGAUGAAGAUGAUAAGUCCUUCUUGAAUGAUAAUAUCAGCAGUCUGGCAGGCCAAUUGAUUGGCAAAUAUCGACAACGCGGCCAAUUCAAAGGAAUGAGCGGGACGUAUAUGAAACAUGGUUGCGCCAGCUUUAUUCGAAACUGCAGCGAUGCAUUAUUACCGAUUUCCCAACGGGACGAUAUAGAAUCCUGGCAAAUUUUGCUUGACGAAAGUAUCGUCGAUGAAAAAUCAACUACCAGAGAGCAAGCGACACUCGCGUUUUCAAAGUUUUGUGACGCAUACUAUAAAACCGAAUCAAUAGACUAUUUAAGCAGUUUGAUCGACAACUACAUACGAGAAAUGCGCGAUACGCAGAUUGAACAUAAAGCGCAGGGAAUUGUGUCCUCGCUCGGUGCUUUGCCAUUGUUCAUGCUGGAGCUACGUUUACGCGAAAUCGUCAAUGUGAUCGAUGAGAAAACGAUCGUACCAGAAAUGUUUGCAAUAGGAUACAACCACUCGGAACUGCGGCGGGAUUGUAUCCGUGCGCUGAUGAGCAUCGUAGAAACGGUUGGUUUUGCACAUUCGUCUAAAUUUAGUGAGAUACUUUGCGGACCUGUCUUUAAAUGCUACCUUCGCGCUUUGGAGGAAUACGCGCUUGACAACCGUGGAGAUAUCGGGUCAUGGGUGCGCGAGGCUGGCAUUAAUGCGCUUUACGCUUUUCUUACAAAAUGUCCGAGCUCGUUAAUUACACCUCAACAUGUCCAACAAGCACUGGUAGCCAUUUCAAAGCAGUCCGUCGAACGCAUUGAUAAAAUACGGGCUGUUGCAGGGAAAGCAUUUACCGCGCUUAUCUAUCACGAACCGCAGAUUCCACACGUGGACCACAGAGAGCAAUUGCACAACAUAUUUCCUCGUGAUACUUCCGACAUUUUGUGGCUUUUUCCACAUCACACAUUCCCAAUGUUCAUUGAACUCCUUGGCGUGCAAACGUAUACGGAAGCCGUAUCAGCUGGGCUGAUAAUGAGCGUAGGUGCUCCAACUGAAUCACUUCAUACUUGUGCGUCCAAAUUGCUAAACGAUUAUCUGAAAACUCACCAGACAUUCAUCGAUGGUUUUGGUGCAGUAGUGCUGAAGAUACUGCAAGAAAAAACGACCAAGGAUCCACUGUUCAGUUCGUCCACGUGCCAAUUCCUCUCUAAAUUGCUAAACUCUUCCGUUAACGCUAAAAUAUUGUUGCGUUCUGAGGGCGGAUCUGUAGAUUUUGCUGAACCCAUUUUUAACCUGGUCAAUGCUCUGAUAACACAAACUAAAAAACACAUCGAAUCAAUACCCGUCUAUUGUGCGUUAAUGUUAGCUCCCAAAAUAUGCAAACGGGUGCUUAGUAAGCUCGUGGUGUAUCUUGGUAUGUUAUGCGUAAACAUUCGUCGUGAAACUGCCCUAAGAAUGUACGAAACAUUGCUCGUGUACGGAGAUCAAACAUCUAUCCCAGAAGAAAAUCUAGACGAGGUGCUCGUCUGUUUAAGUGAGGAAAAAUGGGAUGGUGAACUGGAAGAGGCACGGCAAAUUCGCAACAAAUUAUGCACACUAAUGAAUAUCAAACCUCCAAUUACGAAGAUGAAACAAUAA